AUGCCUGCACGACACUUUCUACUGGUAGCGAUCGCAUUCUCGCUGCUGAACACGGCAUUUGCGCAAUAUGGAGCAAUGGACAUGCCUGCUGGGCUCGGUCCACGGCAGUAUCUAGGAGGACUGGAAGGGAGAGACGCUGGGCAAUGUGCUCAAGCUAAUUCGCACAAUUGCGUGGAAGUGAACCAAACCGACGCCUGCUGCCCGAACUCGCAAUACUGCAUCAUAAACACAACGGGCAGCGUUGGAUGUUGCGCCAUUGGAUCGAACUGCGGUAUCGAGUGCGGGUCAUCAGCUUAUAUAUGCACCACGACGGUCACGAAUAGCGGAACGGCGACGCCAACACAAGCGUGCUGUCCACGAAAGUGUACUGGUACGAGCCAGUUCCCGUGCGCUUCGUCGCUGGGCGGAGGAUGCUGUCCUUACGGGUGGAUGUGCCAGACCGGCGCGAACCAAUGUGUGUCUACCGCGGCACCUACCAGUGAUCCCGUUGUAAGUGUAAGUACAAUUCCCAGCGGAUGCUCAGCUGCGAACCAGUUUUCGUGCGCGAGUUCCCUGGGGGGAGGAUGUUGUGGCCUGGGACAGCAAUGUGUUACUUCUGGGACUGGGAAUUUCUGCUCUGCUACUGGGUCGGCGAUGCUUACGAGGACGGGCUCGGGCGGUUUGAUAGCUACUGCAGUGCCCAAGCCGUCUGAGGGUAAAGGGCUUUCUACUGGAGCAAAGGCAGGCAUUGGAGUUGGAGUCUCGCUUGGUGCUCUACUUAUCAUAUCAACUGUGAUGUGGUUCUUCCUGGUUCACCGACACCGCGCCAGACAGAGUGAGGGGGCUUUUGGUCCUCCUGCUAUGUCUCAAAGUUCCGGUGGAAUGAAUGGAGGGCCAGUAAGGAGGCCAUCUCCUGGUCGAGGUCAACCCUCGGAUUACUUUGGACCGGCUGCGGAAUCGGGUCCUUUCACCGAAGAUCAACACUCAGCCGCAAUGAGCCCCGGAUCUAAUAGGGGUGUACCGACAUUACCCCAAAGCCCGAACGAUAUAGCGGCUCCAGUUGAGAUUGAUUCGAGAAGUCAAUCUAACGUCACCACAUCUGGAGUCUUUAAUUACCAGAAAAAAGAAGGACCUUCAAAUCCUGCAAUAGAAUUGCCUUGA